UCCUGGGGCCCCGGAAGUCACUCGGGUUGCCGUUCGGCCCACGUGGCCCUGGGACACUCCACCCUGGAACCGAGCCGGGACCGCGCAGGGGGACCGCAGCGCGGGGUGCCGGCGCCGAGCACGCGUUCCCGCUGCCUCUGCGAGCCUCCUUGCGGCCUCAAAAGUGCCAGUGGGGUGCGUGCGCCCGGGGCAGAAAAAUCAUGUCCAGACUGGGGCUCCGUUUGGCUGCCUGUUUACUAAACAUUUCAGAAGCCAGAAGAAAAUACAUUGUUGAGAACAUAGCAGAAGCAGCUCUUCUUGACAAAAAUGGGCAGAAGCAUCCUGAAGUGACAGUGCUCAAUAUAUUUUCUGAUCAAGACUAUAACAGAUCAGUCAUUACAAUAGCAGCUUCUGUUGACAAGUUGGGCAGUGCUGUUCUGGCUGCUUGCUUGGAGGCCUUCCGUGCUAUCGAUAUGGAGGUUCAAGAGGGAAUCCACCCUUGCCUGGGAGCUGUGGACCUCAUUCCGAUUUACCCGCUCUCGGGUGUCGGAGUGGAAGAGUGUGGGGUGGUGGCAAGAAGUGUCGGUGCUAGCCCAUACGUGAUGAACUGCAACGUUACCAUAGAUUCUCAAGACCUGUCUUCGGGAAGAGAGAUCGCUAGUGUCAUUCGUGGCUCCAGUGCAAAUGGAUUGAAGGGCGUCCAAGCGAUGGCUUUUCCCCACGAAGGGAAAAUUGAGAUAGCUUGCAAUGUGGAGAGUUUUGAAGACCAAGAAGCUACAGAAAUCUCACAAGACUCUCAAUAUAUGACUUACAGCGUCCAUGGCAACCAUUUUUCUUAUGUGUCUCCUCAUUACAUAGAAGCUCAAGUUAAAAAGUUAGCAGGUGAUCGGGGAAUUGGUACCAUAGGGGGAGCAUUAGUUGGAUUUACGCCCCAAGAGUGCAAGGACUGUGCUGAAUAUGCUAUAAAGGAAAAUAUUGGGGAAUUCUGGAAGAUUCGGGGUGGUGUAUUCAUGUGAUCCAAUCUAAGGCUUCCUUGAAAUUUUAUGGAAAAUUAUUAGUCAUUACAAGUUUCUUUUGGCCAGUGAAGAUAUGGGGAAGCUACAAAGAGCUUGGUAGUAGCUGUGUAUUGGAAAAUUGGAAGCAUUUUUUGUUUAGCAACGACAACAAACGUUCAUAGAUAUCCAUAGUCGCCCUAUAGUAUUUCUAGUCAUCGUUAAAACUUUGAAAGAACCUACUUGAUAUCAGGUGCUAGUAACUUGUGAGCUUUAGAAGCUCUCCUGAAUUAGCUGGGUAAAAUGGCUAUGGUGGCCAAAUUAUUGCGAAAAAAAAAAAAAAACAUCUA